CGAAGCAGUUGCUCAAAAGGAGAAAAAAAACCUGCCUCUUCUGAUCAGACAAAUAAAACAGCAGAGGAGUUUAGGCACAACUUUCACCACGACGAGGAUUCAGCUCCAGAACUUAAUUUGGUUGAGAAGGUGGUUUUCACAUGCAGACUGGAAUGCUAAACUUAUCUUUCUCAUUGAUAUGCCUGUGGCUUGUGAUUUCAGGAGCUCUGGUGGAAGCAACGGACAACAUGGAGGAACACAUCCAUCACUCCCACUCCCUGUGUGCUGGUGAGCAGGACUAUGUUGACAGGAGGAAAAGGGUAGUUCUGGAGUCACUCAACAAACUGGGAAUCAACUGUUCUACAGAUUGGGUUCCCCACAUCGCUCUGCUGCCAUCAGGUGGGGGUCAGAGGGCAGCUGUGGGUCUGGUGGGGUCCCUCUAUCAGAUGGYAAAGGAUGGUCUGCUGGACUCUCUGCUUUACCUUGGAGGAGUCUCUGGGUCAACUUGGAAAACAAGUAGUCACAUGGACGGGCAUAUAGACAGUGCUGCUGAGGAGUUCUUUCGUAUAUACAACACCCUUGACAAACUGGUGGACCUGAUCAGAAGUUCCACAAGGGAUCCGACUGCUCUUUCUGAACUGAACAUGCUGCAGAAAAUACUAGAAGACAAGGUUAAUGUUAAUCGUUCUACGCUGCUGGGGUCAAAGAAUAUGGAGGAAAGAAAAAGUAUUUUUCAGCAGUGGAGAGUGGAGCUGCUGGAGGAAGUAGACACCUGGAGCCAGAGUCUGGAGGAUGGAGCUUUCAAAACUCAUGUCUCUGAACUCAUUGUGAAAGUCAUUCAACUGAUUAAGAAGUGGGAGUGGGGAACAACCAGAAACUACCUCUACCAACACAAAGAUGUUCCACCUUGCCUUGGCACCAAAGAACAAUUCCACCUGGUUGAUGCAGGGCUGCUGAUCAAUGUUGCCUACCCUCCUUUUCUGGGAGAGAAGAGAGACAUUGACCUCAUUAUUGUACUGGAGAACAGCGCUGGAACAAUGUUUGAGACUCUGACUCUGGCCAGAGAAUAUGCUGCGGAGUUAAAGAAGCCUUUCCCUGAGAUAGACGAUAAGGUCCUGGAGGAGAGAGAGUGGCCAAAGGACUGCUACGUGUUUGAGGGAAAAGAGAAGGAGCCUACAAUCGUCUACAUGCCGCUCUUCAAUAGACGGAACUGCCACGAUGCAGAGGAGAUCAAUGCGAAGAUGGAGGAGUACACCACCUUCCAGCGUCCUUUCAAUGAUACCAAGAUCAAGUUUGUGUUGGAGACAGCUGAAGCUAACAUGAAGAACAACAAGGAAACUCUGCUGAGGGAGAUAAACAAGGCCGUCCUCCGCCGAGAGAACAAGAAAUGAGGAAGUCUGUGCUGCACCAGCCCUGAGUCUUAUCAUCGUGGUGUGCUCUGAACUAACCUGUGUGGUUUCACAAUGAUUGUGAAUCAGUCUCUGACUUCAUCUACAUAAAGAGUCGGAGGAGAAGAAGCACAAACAGAGCAUGCAUGUAAUGAUGUCUGCUAAGAUGGCUGACACUCUAAAUAAAUGUCGGUUACAUAAUGUGA